AAUAGCUUUAACAAGUGUUCCAAUUGCAGAAAAUAAGUGAUGGUGAUGAUUGCAAACCUGAAACAGCUACUGAAGAUGUGGAAAAUGAUGUCCAUUUCAGUAAAGCUACGGCCUUGUCUAAACAGCAUGAGAAAUCCCCAGUAAUGGGUGUCUUAAGUCCAAAGGCUGACGGUGCGAUCCACAGACCAUCUAUAAGCGAGAGCAGUAUUAAGAAGGCAAUUUGGGAAACGGCUGAUCUUUUUGAAGCUAAUUCUGCAAACAUAACUUUGGCUGGAGUUCGCCGACUUCUAGAGGAGGAUCUCGGACUAGAGAAAAACGCACUUGACCCUUUCAAAAAUUUCAUAGGUCGACAGAUAGAUCAGGUGUUAAAUUCACCAAAGCAACCUAAAUUUGUGAAAGAUGUCAAGAAGAAUGUCUCUCAUAUCUCAAAAGCUAAAAAGUCGAAAACUGGCAGCAGUGAAGAAGAGUCUGAUUCUUCACGCAGAGAAAGUGAUGAGAUGGGAGUUAAAGCACGGCCGAAAAAGGAAGCUGAUUCUAAAGGAAAAACUAAGAAAGCGGAACAGUCAAAGAAACGGAAAUUAGAGUGA